AUGGCCUUGGCAGCAUCACAAGCGACGCCGCAGCGUCCUCUGCCAGGUGCCUUCUUCAACACCCCGGCGCCUGGUAGACCCGGCAGUUCAGGACAGAUGCCGCAACCUCCAUCCUUUCGUUCAAACUCGGCCGCGACCUUGGCUGGAUACCGCGCUGGCCAGGUAGCUUCGCGCGAUGCCCCCACCCAGAGACCCGCCACGGCCGCUCAAGAUAGUCUCGCACCCAUCGAACGCGCCGCGCGCACCGUCAACGAAGCCCUCCAGAGCGAGGCCCAAUACCCAGCCCUUGACAAUUACGUCGGCCAGGGCAUCUCCAAUGACUACGACACCUCGUUCAAUACCGCAUGGCAACCCUUCCAGCGCAGCCGCAGCUAUGACAUCCCCGAGCAGAUCUUUGAACAGGCAAACAUGGCCCAGGUCUCGACACACUUGGGCCUCUUCGCCGAGCUCAACCACGCCUACAUUGUCAUUGACUCGUCGCUCUAUCUCUGGGACUACACACAUCCAAACCCUGAACUCAUCGGUUUCGAGGACCAGACCAACGCUAUCACAGCCGUCAAGCUGGUCAAGCCGCGCAAGGGCGUCUUUAUCGAUUCCAUCACACACUUGCUGGUUGUCGCGACACAUGCAGAAGUCCUCCUUAUCGGUCUGGCAGCUGCACGCUCUCCUCACGGUGGCUGGGCUGUCCAACUUUACUCGACUAACAUGAAGGUGCCGGUCAAGGGCACUUCUAUCAGCUACAUCGAGUCCUCCGACAAGACUGGACGCAUCUUCUUCGGUGGAAACCAGGCCAUCGAUGUCUGGGAGCUCACCUACCAGCAAGAGGAACGUUGGUUCGCCAGUCGCUGCUCAAAGAUUAACCACACAAACUCGGGCAUCACAUCGGCCUUCCAGUUGUUGCCUUUCGGUGGCCGCUCGGACCAAGAGCACAUCAAACAGAUGGUUGUUGAUGAUUCGCGCGACCUGCUCUACACCCUCUCCUCAUCUUCGACCAUCCGCGUCUAUCACAUGAAGCCAAAUGGCGUACUCGAUCUAGCCUUGUCGCGUCCUUUCACCAGCCUGCUCGCUCAGAUUGCACACAUGGUUCCCAGCUCCGACCUUCUUUCUCGCAGCACCUCGCUCGUCUCCAUCAGCCCAAUCUCUGCUCAAGAAACGAAUAGACUCAGUCUGCAGGCUCUUACUAGCACUGGCUGUCGUAUCUUCCUGAGCGCCACCUCGGGCGCCUUCUAUGGCAGCUCCACCUCAUCUGCUCCUACCAGCAUGCAGGUCCACCACAUCAAGUUUCCUCCCAAAGAUGGCGAGUCCGCCGCCCCUCAACCUCAACAACCUCAGUCUACCUCUUCCUCUUUGGGACCUUACUCUAGCAAUCCCUCAACUUUGGACACCAACACUCGGUUCCUUGCUAACACAAAGGCCGGCGUUAGGUAUGCCCCUGGUUAUUCAUGCUGGGUCAUUCCGAACCCUCAAGAUCCUCACCGCGACUCCAUCUUCCUUACUGCUCCUGAUUCCGGUCGUAUCAAGAUGCCUCGCGAUGCCAGCCACGCUACUCUUUUCCCAGAAAUUGGCAUGUUCCUGGAGCUUCCUUACCCGUCACAAGGCAUUGGUCUGGUUAGCCCUUCGUUCGCUGCAGCCUCUACUCCUCUAGGCUUCGCGAAUGAACUCGCCGUUCAAUUCGAUCAAUCUCCUACCGAAAUCGCUGUCCUGACCAGUACUGGCGUACAGAUUAUGCGUCGUCGCAGGCUGGUCGACAUCUUCGCUUCUCUCGCUCGCUAUGGAGGCGAUGUGGAAGGUCGCGAUGGUCAAGUGAAAAAGUUCAUCCGCAACUAUGGCCGUACCGAGACUGCUGCCACCGCUCUUGCUGUCGCUUGUGGCGAAGCUUCCGACGGCAAUGCUGAUGCUCGCAUCACCAACAUCACAGAACCGGACAUUGUCGACUUUGCGAGGGAAGCUUUCAUCACUCAAGGAGGCAAGCCUAUGCUCAACGAGAACUCUGUCUUGGACAACAACACCCCUGCAAUCGAUAAUGUCCGCCCGUCUCCUAGGCAUGAUGGUAUGGCACUAUACAUCACCCGAUUGGUUCGAUCCAUCUGGAGAGCACCGGUUCUGACACAAAAAGUCUCCCCUGUCGGUGGACUCGUCGUUACAUCUACCGUCGGACUCGUCAAGUUGCAAAACAUCCAACGUGCGUUGAAUUCGCUACAAGAGUUCUUGAACAAGAACAAGAGCUCUAUCGAGGGCUUGUCUGGCCCCGAAUCCCUGGGACGCGUGGCUAACAAACAAGAUGAGCUCUCUCUGCAAGGCGAGCAUCGCGCGAUGAAUGCUUUGAUCCAGCUUAUCUCGAGCAUCAUAGAGGGUAUUGCCUUUGUUCUGGUUUUGUUUGACGAGAAGGUUGAUGAGAUCAUCUUGUCACUCCCUGAUACAUCUCGCGAGCGUGCUAAGAACCUCACCUAUGAAGGUCUCUUCUGCUCACCCGAUGGCAGAAAUUUGGCAAAGGAACUUGUCAAGGCCAUUGUCAAUCGCAAUAUCGCCAACGGUUCAAACGUCGACACAGUGGCCGAAGCUCUGAGGAGACGUUGCGGCAGCUUCUGCAGCGCUGACGAUGUUGUCAUCUUCAAGGCCCAAGAGCAGGUGAAGAGAGCAUCCGAAGCUGGCCCCUCAUCUGAGGCAAGUCGCAGACUUCUCAACGAGAGUUUGCGACUGUUCCAAAAGGUGGCCGGUGCUCUUUCCAUGGAGCAUCUCGAAUGGGCCGUCUCACAAUACAUCCCAAUGUCCUUUUACGCUGGCGCCAUUCAGCUCGCAUUGACCGUCGCACAUGAGUCUGAUCGCGCAAACCGUGCUCUUUCUUGGCUAAGGGACGAUUGCCCUGAAGACGACCCUCGUCAGAAAGCCUUCGCAGGUAGAAAACAAUGUUAUGAUCUGAUUCACCGUGUCAUCGUAUCCGUCGAGCAGGCCUUUGAAGCACAGCCUGAGGGCGCCUUCUCGGUGACUGCCAAGAGACAAUCAGAGGCUUACGAAAUCAUCAACAACUCUGAAGACGAAGUCUUCCAAAACAAUCUUUAUGACUGGUACAUGGGUCAAGGGUGGAAUGACAGACUUCUGGAGAUCAGCUCGCCAUACGUCGUCAGCUAUCUCCGCAGACGCAUGGACAAGAACCCCGAUCAUGCAGAUCUACUUUGGCGUUACUACGCACACCACAACAAUUUCCUUGAAGCCGCUUCAGUACAGUUGCUGCUUGCCAAGAGUGGCUUUGACCUUAGCCUCGAACAACGCAUCGGUUACCUCAGUCGCGCAAGAACUAACGCCUCGAUCCGCACUGUCUCGUUGCUCGAUGCUGCACAAGGUAGACAACAGCUUCUUCGCGAGAUCACUGACCUUUUGGAAGUCGGUAACAUCCAGGACGAUAUCCUGCAACGCAUGAAGUCAGACCCUCGUCUGACAGAUCAACGUCGGCCUCAGAUAUUGAAGGCACUCGAUGGUCAAAUUCUAGAAGUCGCCGAGCUGUUCAAUCAGUAUGCAGACCAAGCAGGCUACUACGACAUUUGUAUUCUGAUCUACCACUGCGCCGACCACCGCAACCCAGCAGAUAUUCAAUCAACAUGGAACCUGCUCAUUGAGCAAGUGCAUCAGGAAGCCGAAAGCGAUGGCCAGAUGAAACCUUUCGAAGCAGUUGCCCUCAAGGUCCGCUCAUUAGGCCAACGCCUGCACGCCGCAGAAGCCACCUUCCCUAUCCCUAUCCUGCUACCCAUGCUUCUUAAAUACGCUCUUGAGUACCAGAACAACGCCGUCUCACCUAUGUGGGUCAUUGAUACCUUCCUCGAGCUCGACAUUCGUCCUUCGGCUUUGGUGCCUGUGGUUGAGCAGAUGUACUACACCAACGAGCAACCCUUUGUUGGCAAACAUCGUCGCGUACUAGCCGCCGACCUGGUCUACCUCGUUCAGGCCUGGCUGCGCGAGAGCGAGCGCCACGGUGACAGCGUUCUCUUCGGCAGCGACGAAAGCGCCGCUGGUAUCGACGAGCUGCUCACCAAUCUUGCUGGAAGUCAGGAUCUCGACACCGAGGGCCAGACAGCAGUGGAGACCUUGAGAACUAGAAUCGUUCAGGCUAUGCGUUGA